GCUGAGAAGGAAGUGCUGCAAGACACAACCAAGCAGAGGGACGGUUUAAGUCGUCUCUGGUCCAGAGAUUGAGCGAGAGGGGAGGAGAGUGGAGGCUGGCAGGUCGCACUGGAGAUGGGCAGCGCCGGAGGACUCUGCUCCAGUCCAAGGGCUUGGGGAUGUGGCUGGAAUGGCGCCCGACUCCUGUGCUUUGCCGCCAUUAGCUGGGGAGCUGCAGAAAAUACUGCUGCUGUCAUUGUGGUGAAUCAGACAACCCCUUCUAUCCAUGCAAUGGAAGGGUCAGAGUUCACCAUCGAGUGUACAUUCAACACAAGCAAUAAUUCAAUCAAGUGGUUUGCUGAAUGGUAUAAAACCAAAAACAAUGUAACAGCCAAGGUGAACAAUGGAACAGAUCGAAUCAUAUUAUCAGCAGAUAUAGAAAAGAGGUCUCUUUCCCUCACUGUGAAGAAAGCCGACGUCACUAAUUCUGGAACCUACGUAUGUUGGGUUGGGAGCAAAGAUGGGACAUAUCCUGGGACUGGAACCCAAGUGACCAUUGAUGGACAACCCAAAGCACCUGUGAAGUGCAAAAAAUUAUGCACUGAAUUUUCACGAAAAGAAAUACCCCAGAAACUGUUGAAGACCUAUAGGAAGACAGAACCAUCAUGUCCCAAAGCCGCUAUCAUAUUUGUCACUAAGAAGAAUAGAGAGUUCUGUGCAGAUCCAGAGGAGAACUGGGUGAAGGAAGCAGUCCGACAGCUAAACCAAGCAAGUGCCCCUCUGAAUCCGCCACUUUCAAGCACCGUCACUUCUGCAGUUGUGCAAGAAGGGGCAGGCGUUUUUCACAGAGUAGUUGGCGAUGCUGGCUCUAAACGUUUGCUUGCCCAUGUUGCAUGCACACCCGUUGAAAUUCCCAAGCUGAUGGUGAAUCAGACCCCAGCCAAUAUCCAGGAGUCAGAAGGAUCAAAUCUCACCAUGGAGUGUAGAUUCACGGAAUUGAAAAACCACAGGACCUUGUAUGUGAAAUGGUAUAAACAUAAUGGAACUGGGGGAACGAAGAAGGAGCUGGUGAGCGAAAGAGGCGGGGGCUCAGCAGCCCUGGAUUUGGAAAAGGGUUUUGCUUCAUUCACUCUGAAGAACGUGAAUGUAACCGAUACAGGAACCUACAUGUGUGAGGUGGGGAGCACAGCUUGGAACUUGUCUGUGUCAGGAGCCGGAACCCAAGUGACCAUCACUCCUGCUGUCAGUCGGACAAUAUGAGGAUCAGCUGUUACAGCGUACACCUGGAGAUGGAGCUCUCAGACACCUGUUACCC